AUGGGUCGAGAUCCAGAUUAUCGGACCUCCGACCAAUUUGUCAAAAGAAGCAUUAGGUGGAGGGAACUUGCAACACAUGAAGAAAUUGUUAAUUUGCCAAAAAGAAGCCAAACAUCUUCAUAUUUGAGCUCACAAGUCUCAUCGGAUGGUCACGUAGGUUCUAAUCUUAAUGAUGAUAACGACGACAUCGAAGAAAUACGCCCACCUCCUCCUCCAAUGGGAAGGGACAAAACAAAAGUUCGAGUAAAAGGAAAAGGGAAAACGACAUCUUCAAAUUCGUCAGUCGGAACCAAGCGGUCAGCUAGAUCAGAAGAAAUGAUGACACAAAUGACACAAACAAAUUCAACUUUGGAGAAACAUAUGACUGAAACCGUCCAACUCACAGAAUGUUCAUUGCUAAUGCAAGAUGUGAGACACUUCGACCCCGAAGAUCAAGAUGAGGCUAAAAUGGUGAAGCAGUCGAUUCUUUUAAAAAUAUAA